AUGAAGGACUUGGAAACUCUUCUCUGUUUCUUGGGGAUUGAAGUUGCCUACUCUCUUAAAGGGUCCCUUGUUUCUCAGUCCAAGUACAUUACCAACAUUCUUGAACAAUCUCGUCUUUAUGAUAAUAGAGCAACAUAUACUUCUCUUGAGUUAAAUGUUAAAUAUGCUCCCUCAAAUGAUGUUCUUUUACCAUAUCCCACUUUGUAUCAUACUUUGGUUGAAAACUUGGUGUAUCUUACGAUUAUCAGACCUGAUAUUAUUUAUGUUGUUCAUGUUGUUAGUCAAUUUGUUGUCUCUCUCACUACAUCACAUUGGAUAAUUGUGCUUCGUAUUAUUCGUUAA